AUGUCACAAACUCCGCCCCAAACCCAACGCCGACUCCGUGGCCCUCAAAAAUCCAAGGCUUGUGAUUCUUGCAAAAGCAGAAAGAUCCGAUGUUCCGGUACGGAAAGACGCCUGUCACUUUGGACAUCGCAAGAUCCCACUGAGGAAGAAUGGUAUACUUUUGCAUGUCCCCGACUUCAAUGCUCAUCUGACAUUCUACAAGUUGAUAAAUCUUUAAUCUUGGGCAAUGCGACAACUUUCGGUUCUGUUGAGCCCCCUAAGCCAGGCUUCUCACCGGAAAGUUCUACUACUGGUCAAUGUUGCGAGAACAAGGGAAUCUUGCAAUUUACAGAAGGCGAUAUUUUUAUCGAUCGUAUCCUUUUCGGAAUGCCUUCAAAUGAUGGGCCAGGUAUGGAGCAACGCUUUUCUCUCAAGGGUAUCGGCUUACUGAGCGGUACCUCGAGAGUCACAUUUUUCUCCGACAGCAGACUGGAAACUCUUUCUGCAAAACUGCAAAACAACAAGAUUGAUGAUUUAAUGCGCAGAAUCUCAUCAAUUAUCAAAAACAAAGUAAAACCGACGAGUAGCAUAUCCGCUGUUUACAUCCAGGAACAAGGUCUCCCACUAGUCGACAGUGCAACAGCAGCAAAGUAUAUAAUGAUAUACUAUGACCGAGUUCAUCCUCUAUUUCCGUAUCUGGACCGUGAAUCCUUUGAUACAACUAUCGCCACAGGCAAUCUCACCAGCAUCUUGAGUAACGACUCGGCCUUCUCUGCGCUUUAUCACUCAGUCCUGGCCUUGGGCUGCUUGCACGAUGGUGGUGGUAGUUUCGAACCUGGGAAAGGAAAAGCCUGGGAACUAUUCUCGGUGGCAUUACCUCUCCUUCCAGAUAUACAGAAAUGUGGAAAGUCAUUGGUGGCUCUUCAAGCCAUGACUGCUGCUGCUGUCUACGCACUAGGAAUUCCAUGUCUGUCUAUUGAGGAGAAGAUAAUUACAGACGCAGCUCGUAUGGCCCAGGAUCUGGCACCUGUACUUUCAAAGGGUCCUUUUGCCAAAUCUUUUUAUCGCGUAUUCUGGGUCCUUUAUGCGAUAGAGAAGAUGUCUAGCUUCCACUUUGGACGAAACUCGGUUUUCAUCGACGCCAAUAUAGUGACACCCUUACCCCAUGUGCCAGAAUCCAACUUCGGAACCUUCAAUUGGGCUCUGGCAAUUGCCCGACAUUGCCGCUUGUUGUCGCGGGCAUUGACGACAUUAUUUUCCCCAGGUAUUUGCGGAAAGGGACCACGCUACUUUCUCAGCAAUAUAAGUCAACUUGAACAGGAUCUGGAGCAAUGGCGAAUGUCUAUUUAUGAAGACCUUCGACCGGCACCUUCUUAUCAGCCCCAUAUGUAUCGUCGACCAGUCAAAGGCUCGAUAGCUAUUUGGGUCAAUUAUCUCUACUACAGCUUCAAGCUCAUUCUUUUACGGAGUAGACUACAAAUCAACGGGGACUCCGAAAAUGACUUGUCAAAGCCUUCGUACAGAGAACAACUGAUAGUGAUUUCUCGAUGCAUUCUUGAGAUCACUACAUACAUUGACGUAGAGCCAUCCACACCUCUUUGGAUCUUGGCAGGCAUUCCGAUCUGUGCUCUUUUCGUUCUGUUUGACCACGUCAUAAGCGAUCCCAAAUCUCCCGAUACAAGAAGCAAUCUCGCACUUCUCGACAUUGCAGGAGGACAUUUCAGCCGGAUUGAGUUUGCGAGUGGAGGUUCACUUCCUGGAUCACUUAUCAGCGAAUUCACAUAUAUCGCACGGGAAUACAUUAACCAGUUGACAUCUCGAGCUGAAACCACCAGUAUUCCUACACUCGCAACUCAAAAUACUGGACAGACAACACAACCUCUCACUCCUCCUACACCUCAAGCAAUGAUGCAGGGUACAGCUCCUCUGAUUUCACCUUUCUAUGCACCAGUUGAGACAUUAUGGGAUCACGGGAAUGAUUCGUUCUUUGGAAUUGAUGUAAUGGAUAUCUUUAGUAAUUUGUAG